GAUUUAGAGGAGGGAACGGGGAAAGAGAAAUGACCCAGGAAGGAUAAAAAGAUAAAAUUAAACACGAAUCCAGCCACGCAGCAAAAGCCCUCUUGUGCCUCUUGGCUGGGGAGGUUUCACAGUCUCACGGAGGGGAACACACACACAUACACGCCCCUAAACCCACACAGGCGAAACUCCUCUGUGGAGAAGCCAGCGACAGGAAACUCACUUCUGCACAGGAACUUGCUAAUCGCUUUUGUCACUUUCGGAGUGUCCCUGCCGCCUCGGUCACCUCGAACACGGAGGCUCACCACCUCGGGCUGGGUUCUACCGGUCCAGUACUGCAGUUUUUUCAACGGUGACUCACUGGGAGCCCUGGGGAGGAGAGAGAGAGGUGGAUCCCAGGAGCUGCUCACGGCAGUGAUGGGUUUUGGCUACACUGGCUUUUACACGGCGUGGAGAACAAGUUAGGCUUCCGGAGUCAGUCAUUUUGGUGUUGAGACACUCGUUUGACAUUCUACGAAAGGAUGCUGUUCUCCAAAGUUCUAGCUUCUGGGACCUGAUCUCCACAUGGCCUUCCUGUGGGCUUUACAUUGCCUUCUGCUGUGAAAUCAUCUCCAUAGAGAAAAAAAAGUGAAGGUCAGAGGCAUUAUCACCCAAGUUAAAAAACAUUCCCAAAGGGUCUGGGAUCAACUAGAGCCUGAGGCCUCACACACCCAGCUGCCUUUGCCCAGCUGCCUUUGCCCAGCUGCCUUCCUGUUUCUUGGCCAGUCAAGAGCAGCUCACAGUGUCAUUCACAUACCAGUUAGCUGCCAAGCUUCAGAGGUUUCCCAAGCAGGCACUGCCUCUCACCUGAGCAGACUGGAGAAGUGACACCUACAACUGAUGUCUGAGAUUCUGAGAGCAUAAACCUGGUGACUCUCUCCUUCCUCUAUGGAACCUGCCACAGCAGCCCAUUGAGGGUUCUUUCUCCUGGGAUCCUGGACUCCUAAACAGGACUUCAGAUAAGGAAGAUGCUGAGUUCUAUCAAGUGCGUGUUGGUAGGGGACAGUGCUGUGGGGAAAACCUCGCUAUUGGUGCGCUUCACCUCUGAGACCUUCCCAGAAUCCUACAAACCCACUGUUUAUGAGAAUACGGGCGUGGAUGUCUUCAUGGAUGGCAUCCAGAUCAGCCUGGGUCUCUGGGACACCGCCGGCAAUGAUGCCUUCAGAAGCAUCCGUCCCCUGUCCUACCAGCAGGCAGACGUGGUACUGAUGUGCUACUCUGUAGCCAACCACACCUCAUUCCUGAACUUGAAGAACAAAUGGAUUAGUGAGAUCAGGAGCAACCUGCCGUGCACCCCGGUGCUGGUUGUGGCCACACAGACUGACCAGAGAGAGAUGGGGCCCCACAGGGCCUCCUGCAUCAAUGCUGUGGAAGGGAAGAGACUUGCUCAGGAUGUGCGAGCCAAGGGCUACCUGGAAUGCUCAGCUCUUAGCAACCGGGGAGUGCAGCAGGUAUUUGAAUGUGCUGUCCGAACGGCUGUCAAUCAGGCCAGGAGACGAAACAGAAGAAAGCUGUUCUCCAUCAACGAAUGCAAGAUCUUCUAAACCCCAAGGUCCCGCACCUAGAAUUCAUGAACGUACCUCAAAGACUAAUGGGAGAGGAGGAGGCAAGCCAAGGGUUGAUGCUCUGUCUUGGCACAUCUGAACAGCCUUCCGGGAUGGAGUUGUGGGGAGGUUGGCCACUGAUGCUUCCACUAACUACACUCCACAGAUGAACUCCGUGCCCAGCACAACCAGAGAGAUCCUUGGGAAGCCACAUGACUAGUCCAUCAACAACAAUCAAUCAGACAAUUUCCCAAGUAUGCCAUAUUUAAACUCACAUUUUAUUUAAAUAAUAACCAAAUACGUAACUCUUGUUUUCAUGCUUGGGAAGUCUUUUCUCUGAAAAGGCAAACUGCUGUAUGAGGAAAAUAACACUGUGGAGUUCAACCAUAUGUCUGUGGUGUUAUUAUUUUACCUGAAUUUAAUUUGGCUGAAAGUACUUGCGUGCUAUGUUUUUCUAGAUAAUCAAACUUUCCAAUGACCACAAA